AAUUCACCAAAUGCUUGAUGCAACCUCCCUUCAAUCACCCCAUAACCGUUAUAUGAGUGGACCACCCAUCUAUUCACCCCGUACCAGUGCCAUACUCUACGGUAUUACCUGCACAACUCGAUAAACACAUCACCUUCCAUAAAUCACAAUUCACUUCUAAUCGUCCCCCCUCCCUUUGUUUGCUAUUCGACCUAUAAUUCUAUCCCUUGGCUAUCUGACCCCCCCUUCCCCCCAACCCAAUCCAGCCAAUGCGAUAACUCCUCACCUCCACCGAGCGAGCGACCCACUCAAAAUGAGUGACCUCCAACGCUCCUUCCAAAAAUCCAAGCUUGCAAGGUUUCCCCUCGAACCACCAAUGCCUCUGAAUUCACACCUGGGUGCGCUCGACGAAGUCGACGAUGAAGAGGAUCAGGAUGGCCUAGGAGGAGAAGAGAACGACGUGGAUUCAAGAAUGGAUACCCCUUCAUCUCCGUGCUCAUCAGCUUCUUCAACAUCUACUAUUAGACCGUUGUUCGCACGACCGGAACCGCGAAAGAAAGCCUCGCUAGAACCUCUCCCUUGGAGCCGAUACUUUUCCUCCUCCCUACACCUCCUGCACGAGCCCACAUCCGCCAUCUUUCAUGCCUACCUAACCAGUCCCACCAACAAUGGUCCUCUCUUCGUAAUGCAUCACGGCGCCGGCUCGUCCGGUCUGUCAUUUGCCCUGUUAGCCUCCGAGAUUCGCAAGAUCCUCCCAGCAGCCGGUGCCCUAUCCUUCGACUCCCGCGGGCACGGCGAGACCAGGACUCCCAACGACGAGGACCUCAGCUUACCAACACUUUCACAAGACUUUGUCACUGUAUUGGAGCUAGUAAAGGAGAAGUGUGGGUGGGGGAAAAUGCCGGAUUUAGUCCUUGUAGGACACUCCCUCGGCGGAGCAGUAGUAGCGGAUGUAGCGAUGGGCGGGAAGCUGGGCGGGAGUGUGCUCGGGUAUGUGGUUUUGGACGUUGUAGAGGGAAGCGCUAUCGACGCUUUGCAGAGUAUGCAAACGUACCUUUCUACGAGACCUUCAGGAUUUACCUCACUAUCACAAGGAAUCGAAUGGCACACCCGUUCGAGAACAAUCCGAAACCCAACCUCAGCCCGCAUCUCUGUUCCUGCUCUCCUUCUCCUCACCGACACAACGCAGCCUGAGUCAUCAGACGAUUCCUCCCCCCCACGUCCCUGGCGCUGGCGUACCGACCUAGCAAAGACGCAGCCAUUCUGGCAAGGCUGGUUUGUGGGACUCAGCAAGAAGUUCCUGGAAGCCCGGGGGGGCAAGUUACUCAUUCUUGCGGGGACGGAUAGAUUGGACCGGGAAUUGAUCAUCGGCCAGAUGCAGGGGAAGUACCAACUUGUCGUACUACCAGAGGUGGGCCACUUUUUGCACGAAGAUGCGCCGGGGAAGACGGCAGGGAGUUUGGUAGAGUUUUACAAACGGAAUGACCGAUCAGCCUUGGUGCUGCCGCCGAAGGUUUCGGACAUGUAUAAGUAACCGUCGGACCAUUACCCUCUACCGCAGCCAUAUAUCCAUACUAUGAGGCGGUACCGCCAAUGCGCUCUCUCAGUCACAAAAAAGCCAACAUUGAAGAAAAAGGCUACACCCCUAUCACCAGAACAGAGUACUUAUAAGGUCCCCAGCCGUGUAAACCAAAAAAAAAAAAAGGAAAAGGAAAACCAAGAAAGUUACUACUCUUACUGCACUACUUGUAUUCACCUAGAUUACCGAAUUGAAACAGCAUGUACACGUACUUUACUUUAAGCUUAAUCCCAUU